AUGUAUAACAAGACCGAUGAUUGUGUCCGUACAAUGUUGAGCUUACUGCUAUUCGUUUGUGUGGUGUGCAUUGCCAGUGUUUGGUCCAAGUAUGCUCGGGGUAGGCCCAAGUAUCCCCUGCCUCCUGCUAUGCCUGGAGCCCUGCCAAUCGUUGGAGUUCUUCAUCAGGUGCUAAAGAACUAUUCUCGACGUUGGGAUUUCCUCAAGAGCAAAGCUGAGGAGUGCGCAAAGUUAGGCGGAGUAACUUACGCUCAUUUCGGUAGCGAGUUAUAUUAUGUGAUAACAGAUCCUCAAGACGCGUUGACAGCCAGCAACCAGUGCCUGAAGAAACAUUACGCAUUUGAUUUGGCUAAAGUCUGGAUGGGAAAUGGGCUGGUACUGUCAUCAGGAGACAUUUGGAAGCGUCAUCGCAAGCUACUGAGUCCGGCGUUCACUUUGCCGAUAAUCCAUAGUUUUUUAGAUGUAUUCAACAGUCAAGCCAAGAAACUCGCCAGUUCCAUGGAACCGCACGUCGGGAAAGGCCUUUUUGAUCCAUUUCUAAAUUUAAAAUUGAAUGCAUUGGAAACUUUCUGUGUUGGUACAUUAGGUAUAGAAGCUCUAGAUGACGUGAACUUCACUGAGAGGUAUAUGGAGUCAGUGGAUGACAUUGUGACGUUGUGGAUCAGUAGAGUCGUGAAGGUUUGGCUGCUCAGUGACGUCGUGUGGAAGCUGACUGGACUGAAGAAGAAGGAACAGGAACUUGUGGAUACUUUACAUACUAUGACUAAUAAAGUUCUGCAACGAAAAAAAGCUGCUCUCAAAAACAAGGGCGUGGAGAAAGUUAUUGAAUCUCAAACUUCAGGUAUUAAAUACAGACCAUUUCUAGACCUUCUUCUGGAACUGUCUACCAACGGUGCGUUCACUGAUGAAGAGAUCAGGGAAGAGACGGACACUAUCAUAGCAGCUGGAUAUGACACCACUUCCAAUCAGAUUACUUUUGUACUGUUGCUCCUUGGUGCUUACCCUGAUGAACAAGAAAAGGUUUAUGAAGAACUUUUACGAGUUCUCGGACCAGACAGAGACAUAGAAAAAGAUGAUAUAAAUAAAUUAGUUUAUACAAACGCUGUUAUAAUGGAGUCUCUCAGGUUGUUUCCGUCGAUACCAUCUUUGUUUAGAACUGUGGAAACCGACGUUAAACUGAAAAAUUACACAAUGCCCGCUGGCAGUUACUGUGUUAUCUUCCCAAUAGCUGCUUCUAGUGUUGAUCCUUCUUGGGGACCAGAACCUGAUAAAUUCAGACCAGAAAGAUGGCUACAUGGCGAUUUUAGGCACAAUAAGGAGUAUUCUGCAUUUGGCUUAGGAAAGAGAGCUUGUAUAGGUCGAACGUACGCCAUGAUAUCAAUGAAGGUGACGUUAGCACAUUUCUUGAGACAGUACCGAGUGAAGGCAGACCUGAGCAAAUUGAAGCUGAACUUUGACUUCUUGUUGAAACCUAUUUCAGGACACGAUAUCAGUAUUGAAAGUAGAAGAAAAUAA